UCGGAAUUGCAGCAUUUUAAACAAAAAUAUUUAGCGUAACAAAUUUAAAUAGUUUUGGUGGGUAGGGUUUUUGUUAUAUUACGAUGUUCGAGAAAGGUUUAAAAGAAAACUUUAACGCCGCGAAUGUGAAUCGACCAAACACACAAAAUGGAUACAAAACAAUCGUCUCUACGACAUUUUUGAAUCUUGGAGUGCAAACUUUAAUUGAACGUUACAAUAAAAUGAAUUCAAACGAUUCAAACCCACCGGAAAGACCUCCGAGGAAAAAGGGAAGUAAACGGUUAAAAAUCUUAAUUUCUACUUAUAUUAAAAAUGGGCGUCUUAAAGAAAUUGCCAACGAAGAAAAUUACGAAAAGGAAAGGAAUUUAAAGAGAUGUGAAAGCAAAGUUAAGGAUGAUGGUGCAGCGUUUCAACUGCGUUCAGCCAAAGAAGAAAAAGUUUCUAUGAAUCAAAUUCAACCAAACAUCGUCAAGAGACGAAUAAACGAAUACAACGAAUUAGAAAGUUUAAAUCGACAAGGAAUUGAUGAAACUGCUUUAAAAAAUCAUCCCAAUUUUAAUAAAUUCACCAAAUAUUUUCCAAUUGAUUUAGAAACGUUUAUAGGCGAAGAUAAAUCGUCAAACGAUCAGAACUUAUUAGGAAAUUUCGUGGAAGGUGGAAUUAUGUACGAAAGAUACAAAAAUGGCAGGAAAAAAAAUCUCCAAAAAGAUCAAACGCAGCAAGAACAUCUUGAAUUAGUCAAAUUUUAUCGAAAUUUAUUUUCAAAAAUUACCCAAAUCCCUUUUGUAAUCGCAGUAACUUAUUGUACGUUAUUUUUUGUCAUCGAACUUGUCUCUUUCUUUUACACGUUUUAUUAUAAUUAAUUAAUUAAUUUAUUUGUUGAGUUUAUUUAAUAAAAAUUUUCGAAUGAA